AUGAGUACAACCAUAUUGUACUUCCCAAGAGACCUGGUCACGACUUUGUCUAUUACACUCGUGAUCUGUUUCGGUAUACUUAUCAAUGCAAAAUUUAAGCUGCUCAGGGGUGCGCCCAUCACGAGAUUUGGUGCAGCCAAGAACAUUUUACAAAAUGCAGUCCUGGCUUGCGACUUGGUCAAGGGACCACGUGACAUCGCCAAACCCUUCAACUUCCGGCGCCCCAAGAAAAGCGAGCAGAUCAUCUCUGAGGCACAGCGAGUGCAGCUUAAAGAGUACGGCUACGAGGACGAGGUCUCAGAGGAGCGGAGUCACCAUGACACGAAGCACAAGGCCCACUCGUUCCAGCACUUUCAUGGUCCGGUUCACGGACAUCACGCAAAAAUCACCUGGAAGGACAAACAUGGUCACAAGUACCACGACUACAGGGCUCAUCCCAAGUAUAAGUUUUCCUACGGCGUAAAGGACCAUCACACUCACGACUUCCACGGACACUCGGAACAUCGAGAUGGUGACAAAGUUCACGGCGAGUACCACAUACACGAGCCCGGCGGCAACAUAAGGCACGUCAAGUACUACGCGGAUCCCCACGGAGGAUUUUUCGCCGAGGUCCACAAUGACGGUGGAAACGAUCACUCUGGGUACGGCCGAUGA